AUGCACAGGCAUCGGUCCCAAGGUCACGGGGAGAGCACAGAACUGGGAGGUCCCAAGUCCCAGUGGCUCGCUCCUCUGGUCAAGCCCACCUUCAGGAGGUCACUUUUCUUACCCUUCUCAGGGCGGACUCUCACAGGCCCAGGGAAUUGCUACGGGAACUUACAGAGCAAAUGUAGACAUUUCUGCUUACUUAGUGCUCAGUGCCUUAGUCGGCGUUGUAAUCUGAGCAGUCACAUUAAAAGGCCUCCUCAGAGCAAAGUUUCUUCUUACUCAAAAACCCUCCUUGUCCACAUCUUUCUGCUGUGA